ACAGAGCUACUGCAAACAUGCUGAGAUUCGUCCUGCUGACCGUCCUCGCCAGCCUGGCGCUGGCUAACCCCAGGCCUGAGCCCAGGUACCUGGAGGAGGUGGCCAAUGAGCGGGUGGUCGGAGGAGAGGUGGCCACUCCCAACUCCUGGCCCUGGCAGAUCUCCCUUCAGUACCGUUCUGGCAGCAGCUACUACCACACUUGUGGAGGCUCUCUGAUUGACAGGGGAUGGGUCCUCACCGCUGCUCAUUGUGUGGACAGCUCCAGGACCUGGCGCGUUGUUCUGGGAGAGCAUGACCUGUACAGCAACUCUGGCAGGGAGCAGAUCAUCGCUGUUAGCCAGGUCUACAUUCACUCUGGAUGGAACCCCAGCAAUGUGGCUGGCGGGUAUGACGUUGCUCUCCUGCGUCUGGCCUCUUCUGCCACUCUGAACUCCUAUGUGCAGCUGGCUUCUCUGCCCGCCUCUGGCCUGAUCCUGCCCCACAACAACCCCUGCUACAUCACCGGAUGGGGUCUUACCUCCACUGGAGGCAAUCUGUCUCCUGAGCUGAAGCAGGCCUACAUGCCCCUGGUGGACCACCAGACCUGCUCCAGCAACGGCUGGUGGGGCAGCACUGUCAAGAACACCAUGGUCUGUGCUGGAGGCUACGACAACGCUGGAUGCAACGGAGACUCUGGCGGUCCUCUGAACUGCAGCUGGGGUGGCAAGUAUGAGGUGCACGGCAUCGCCUCCUUCGUGUCCGGAUACGGCUGCGACACCUACCAGAAGCCCACCGUCUUCACCCGCGUGUCCGCCUAUACCAGCUGGAUCCAGGAUACCAUGAGAUCCUAGAAUGGACGUGAGGCCUUCACCAUCUAACGGGUGUGUCUCUCUGACUUCACAGUUUGUCUUAAAAAUCACUGGAUGAAUAAAUUUGGCGAAAGCAACCCUUGA